AUGCCCCCCCCCACCCCACCAACCCUCCAAUCCCUCUACCGCCGCCUCCUCCGCGAACUCCCCUCAACCCCACAGACAACACGCACGCAGCACCAAAAGCUCUCCGCGCCUUCAAAACUACAACAACGUAUCCGCGCAACACUGUCCACACCGCGGUCCAACACACAAAGCCAGGUGCAGCUCGGCGAGCAAUUCGUGCAAUAUGUGCAGGCGCAACGCACGUAUGCGUCGCUGCUGGAGCGGUACAAUCCCGGUAUGGGUAUGACGGAGGAGGAGCGCGUGAGGCUGAGUGCGAGGAGGGUGGGCAUGAAUUUGCCUGUGGAGUUUGAGGAGGGGGAUGGGGGGAAGUGA